AUGAAACGCGUCAGAUUACAAGAGAACCGAGCGAUCCGAACCGGCACCGUGGGGAUGAAUCCGGAGCAGAUUACAAGAGAACCGAGCGAUCCGAACCGGCACCGUGGGGAUGAAUCCGGAGCAGAUUACAAGAGAACCGAGCGAUCCGAACCGGCACCCACAACUGAUCCCUCGCUUCAUCAGCACAACACUGAGCCCUCUCUUCACCAGGACAACUCUGAGGCCUCUCUUCACCAGGACAGCUGUGAUCCCUCAAUUCACCGGCACAACUCACCAGGCACAACUCUGAGCCCUCGCUUCACUCUGAGCCCUCGCUUCACCAGCACAACUCUGAGCCCUCGCUUCACCAGCACAGCUCUGAGCCCUCGCUUCACCAGCACAACACUGAGCCCUCUCUUCACCAGGACAACUCUGAGGCCUCUCUUCACCAGGACAGCUGUGAUCCCUCAAUUCACCGGCACAACUCUGAGCCUUUGCUUCACCGGCACAACUCUGAGCCCUUACUUCACCGGCACAGCUCUGAGCCCUCGCUUCACCAGCACAGCUGUGAUCCCUCGCUUCACCAGCACAGCUCUGAGCCCUCGCUUCACCAGCACAGCUGUGAGCCCUCGCUUCACCAGCACAGCUGUGAUCCCUCGCUUCACCAGCACAACUGAUCCCUCGCUUCACCAGCACAACUGAUCCCUCGCUUCACCAGCACAGCUCUGAGCCCUCGCUUCACCAGCACAGCUCUGAGCCCUCGCUUCACCAGCACAGC